UGCAUUCUGUGAAAACGGACUAACAACUCUUAUUGUUGAUUUUGAUUCUGGUGUCUGCGAGAAAUGGACUUUUUUUGGAGUCUUUUUGCGGAAAAUGCCGAAAAAGAUUCUAGUAAAAGUCGCGAUCAGCCUGACAAAAACAAAAAGGAAUUCAAGACAAUCGGCACUCAGACUUCGUGCACGGAAGCAAAACAAGAAGAAAAAUCCAACGAAAACGAAAUAAAAGACGUUAAACAAUUAAAUAGUAAGAGGAAGAUUACGUUGGAGAUUGAGGAUUGCGGUUGUCCAAAGAAGAGAAGAAAGACGGCGAAUUCUGCUAAACAGGAGAGCGAGACAAAAAACAAACCCAAAAUUUGUAAAACAACAAACAAAAAGGAGGGAACGAAAAGAAAAAAAUUGCAAAAAACACCAAUGAAAAAGAAAACAGCUUCAAAAGAAAUGAAAGAAUGUGAAGAAUUGGAGGAAGAGAGAGAAACUGGCGAUUGCCUAACAAUUCUUCCGCUCAAGAAAACCUCAACCAGCGAGGAAUACACAAUUACUAUUCCGAAAAGUGAAUGUUACGAUAAAGAGACGAGGAUUAUAUUAAAGCAAUGCGAUUCCGAACGCGAAAAGAAAUCACGUACUAAAAGUAGAGGAAAUAAUUCGAAAGAAAAAAAGAAAUUAUGAAAAUUAAACGUUAUUUAUAAAGUAUCAACAUUUUCGUACUUUAAAUAAAAUCUGGAAUUUUUUAUUGUGGAAUAGAUGUAGUGUGCUUUUUAUCGCUUUAAAUCAUAGAGUUUCGUCCUGUCUAUGUCGUCACAAUAAUCUCAGAUAAACUCGAUAGACGUGUAUGACCAUUUUUAUUUAUUUUUUUAGUAAUGGCUUUUAUACAAGUACAGUAUAUAAAGUUACGAUUUAGCUAUGAUCACGCACUUUAGAAGAUUCAAAGCUCACCAACAAGCUAGCCACGUGGAGUUUUCCGGGUUUCUUCAUCUAAAUAGGAAUCACUUUUUCAUAGAAUCUUCUCAGAGACAUCCCCCCUUCUUGGCAGGUCACCCAAACC